AUGACGAUGGAUCAGCGCGAGCUUGAGUCGAGCAUCAAGCAGCUCAACAAGACCGUUCAGGCCAACGAUCCGCCUUCUUCGGCCUUGGCUCUUCUUGAGCGCCUCAAGAAGGAGGCCGCUCCUACCGAGGAGAUGCUUCGAGCCACCCGCGCUGGUGUCUUCGUCGGCAAGCUUCGGUCGAACUCGAACAAGGAUAUCGCCCGCGCCGCGACCGAGUUGGUUCACAAGUGGAAGAAGCUCGUCGAGGCGGAGAAGCAGGGCAAGCUCAAGAAGCAAUCUUCCCCUGCCGCGCCCUCCCCCACGACCGCGAGCGCCCCGAAGCCCUCGUCCUCCGGCAGCUCCAAGGAGCCCUUCAAGGGCAACGCCGAGAACCGCCGUGCCAAGGAAGAUGGCGCCGACACCAAGCGCACUGGCGACAGCGUUCGCGACGCCUGCAUCGAGCUCCUUUACAACGGCCUCGCCUACCGCUCCACAGCAUCUGUCGCUGACGUCCUCGCUAAGGCUGUCGCUGUCGAGGCUGCCGCCUUCUCCCACUUCAAGGGUGUCGGCGCUCCUUAUAAGGAGAAGGUCAGAUCUCUGUUCUCCAACCUCAAGGUCAAGACCAACAAGGAGCUUGGUGUGAAUGUUAUGGAGGGCAAGAUCACUCCCGAUCGCUUCGUCGCGAUGACGCAGGAGGAGCUCAAGUCUGCCGAGCAGCGCAAGAAGGAGAACUUGCUCCAAGAGGAGAACAUGAAGAAGGCGCAGGUUCCCAUGGCGGAGAAGAGUAUCAGUGAUGCUCUGACUUGCGGCAAGUGCAAGCAGAAGAAGGUCAGCUACAGUCAAGCGCAGACGCGCAGUGCUGAUGAGCCUAUGACCACCUUCUGUGAAUGCACUGUCUGCGGUAACCGCUGGAAGUUUUCUUAA